AUGGCUUCAACAUUAUCAUCAACAAAUACAGAUUUCGAAAAUUUUGGUCACAAAGUUUAUUUAAAUGUUAGUCAAAAUAAUAAAAAUCAAAAUGUAUUUCUUUCUCCAGCAAGUAUUGCCCUUGCUAUGGCUAUGUGUGCAGCUGGUGCUCAAAAUGAAACGUUAAAGCAAAUGUUACAUGUUUUUGAUGCAUCAUCAACAGACCAAUUAGAAGAAACAGCUAAACAAAUUAUGCGUAUUUUUUCUAUUGUUGAUAAUGAUACACAAGUUAAACUUAAAUUAGCUAAUCGUCUUUAUGGACAAAAAGCAUAUAAACUUCGAGAAAGUUAUUUAACUUGUGUUCAAAAUUCUUUUAAAGCUGAUAUAAAACUGGAGGAUUUUGAAAAUAAUAGUGCAGGUGUUGUUAACACAAUCAAUGAAUGGGUUGAAGAACAAACAAAUGCAUUAAUUAAAAAUUUACUCUCGCCAAAUGAUGUAACACCUGAUACACGAUUGAUUAUUGUGAAUUGUAUCUAUUUUAAGGGUACAUGGGUAAAACCAUUCAAAGAACAUUUAACAGAUCAAAAUGCUGACUUUCAUGCAGCUAAUGGUGAAAUGUCAAAAGUAAAACUAAUGCAUCAAAACAAAACAUUUGGUUAUGCUCAAAAUGACGAUUUACAUGUACAAAUUGCUCAUUUACCAUAUAAAAGUGAUAAGCAUGGUGUUCAAUUUGUUUUUACUGUAAUUUUACCAAACCGAGGUACUUCAUUAGAUGAAGUUGAAAAAAAAUUAGCAUCAGACCCAAAUUUAAUGAGACAAAUAUUAAGUGCUGAAAUUACGACAAGAAAAGAACUUCUUUUAUACUUACCAAAAUUUAAAAUGGAAGCGAAAUUUGAAUUAAAUGAUAUUCUUAUAAAACUUGGAAUGACAGAUGCAUUUGAUACAAGCAAAGCAGAUUUUACUGAAAUGGUCAGUAAACAAGAUGAUCCAAGUGCAUUUAUUGAUGUUAAUGAACUUGGUAAGUUUAGAUAUUUUUUAGAAUAUUUUAUUGAUAAAAAUUAA